CUAAAUAUUCUUUACAUUGUAGCUCACUCCUAGGGUCUUCCAAAUAGUAAUCUUGCCUUACUUAACAUCCAUCAUGUAAAAUUAAAAAUUCAGAAAAAUUAACUCACUGUUAUUGUUACAUUUGCUCCCCAGGCAAUGGAGAACGUCACUACAGUGAGUGAGUUUCUCUUACUUGGCCUGACCAGUGUUCAGGAUCUGCAGCCUUUCUUCUUUGUGCUUUUCUUAAUCAUUUACUUGAUAAGCUUGGUUGGAAAUGGAGCUAUAUUGGUGAUCAUUAUUUUGGAGCCCAAACUCCACUCCCCCAUGUAUUUUUUCCUGGGAAACCUUUCUUGUCUGGACAUCUGCUAUUCUUCAGUGACACUGCCCAAGCUGCUUCUAACCCUCUUGUCCACUCGCAGGGUCAUAUCUUUCCUAGGCUGCAUCACUCAGCUACACUUCUUCCACUUUCUGGGCUGUUCUGAGGCCAUCUUGCUGGCCAUUAUGGGCUUUGACCGAUUCGUGGCCAUCUGCUACCCACUUCACUAUGCCAUGCUCAUGAACCACCAGGUGUGUGUCCUCUUGGCUGCCGUAGCCUGGCUCACCAGCUUCCUUUAUGCUCUGAUGCAUUCUGUCCUGACUGCACGCCUGAACUUCUGCCACUCUCUGAAACUCCACCACUUCUUCUGUGAUGUGAAGCCUCUCCUGGAACUGGCCUGUGGUGACACGCAGGUCAAUCAAUGGCUUAUUUCCAUCAUCACAGGUGGGAUUUCCAUGGGUGCCUUCUUCCUGACUCUUCUCUCCUACCUCUAUGUCGUUGGUUUCCUUCUGUUUGAGCAUCAGUCCUGCAGCACACUUCACAAGGCUCUGUCCACAUGUGCUUCACACCUCAUGGUGCUGUGUCUUUUCUAUGGGCCUGUGGGCUUCACAUACAUCCGUCCAGCCUCAGCCACUUCCAUGGUUCAGGAUCGGAUGGUGGCUGUUAUAUACAGCGCAGUCACCCCAGUGCUGAACCCACUGAUAUACACUCUUAGGAAUAAGGAAGUGUGGUUGGCUCUGAAGAAGAUCUUCAGGAGGAAGUUUUGUUGAAAGACUGCCAGGAGCACCUCUGGGACUAACAGGGCGGACGUCUGAUGUCCAUUAAGAGUCAUCCCUUCGUUGUGGUGAAUGGUCUACUUGAUUUGUUUUUCUCUCAGGGAUUUGUAGCACUUGUCACUGUGUUCUGCACUUAUUUAUGUAUAAUCAUUCUUGGUUCAGUAUUUAUUCACUGAUUUACUUAAGAAAUGGUCAUUGAGCGUAUGUUGUAUCAGACAAUGUAGUAGGGGCAGAAAACACAGGAGUGAGAAAAACUCCACAGUCUUGUGAAAAUCAGUUUAGUGUAAUGGGGACCACCCAACAAGCAAACCCGUAAGUAAACACGUAAGGAUAAUAGUAUGGGAUUGAGAACUAAAAGGAGGUAGGAAGGAUGAGGAGCAAAUGGGAUGGGCACAUAUGAUAUAAUAAAGAAUUUAUGUGCUCUCUGUCCUGAGUUUCUGAAAUAGAGCUUCUAAAACCCUCAGAAUUCUCCAAGUGACACAGUGUCUUUGUUAUUCAUAAACCACUUGGAUCACACCUGGGCUUAUGCUCAUAAGAUGACCUUAUAUGGGCCCCAAGACAGCUUCAGGAUGGGGCUGGUCCUGCCAGAAACACCAACCAUAUGGCUAGAGGUUUGCAGCUUUGAGUCAUGGUGAUACAAACCUGACUUCCAGAGAAGAAGGAGGCUGGAGGCUGAGCUCAGCUACGUGGCCAGUGGUUCUGUCAGUCACACCUGUAUAACAGAACCUUAAUAAAAAGGAUACCAUGGCCAAGAAACCUUCUUUGGUUGGCACUGUACACUUUGAACAUUGUGAUGGUUAUUUUUAUGUGUCAACCUGACUGGGCUAAGGGAUGCCCAGAGAGCUGGUAGAAUGUUAUUUCUGGGUGUGUCUGUGUGAGGGUGCUUCUGAAAGAGAUAAGUGUCAGACCUGGUAAACUGAGAAGCUGAGCCAAGAAGGUCCCCCCCCUCCAUGAAUGCAGAUGGGCAUCAUACAAUCCACUGAGGUCCUGAUUAGACUGAAAAGAUGGAAGAAGGGUGUAUGUUGAUAUUGACCUAUUAUAACUAACCAAUUCUUAGUGGGUAGAAACACCACAUUUCCUUAGAUAUGUAAUUAACAGAGUAUCCAUCAGACAAGAUGCUAUACCAGGCAGCAAGGUUGAAAUGAAAAUUAAGGGCAUCUGACUUGUGUGGGUUGAUGGUAAUGGAAAAUGGAUCAUAGGAUCUCCAGUUCUCUGAGUUCUUUAUCCAUGUUGGAUAUUAACAGCUUAUCAGAAAUGUACAGAGCAGUAGCAGAUGGCAGUGCAGCUCCAAUGAUGGAUGGGCCAAAGGGGGGACACAGGACAGAUUCUUGGGGGUUCUUCUUUUUUCCCCAAGUGGUGAAAUGUCUCUGAGGUGAUCCUUCUUAGCGUCAAGCUGCUCUGGAUGUGUAAUGGGAUGAGGCAGGUAAAAUUAUUCCUAUGCUUUCCUAUAUAGUUUGCUCAGUUAAGUUUUGGGGUAGUCAAAAUUUACAUGUUUGUGCUCCUAAGCCCCAUGUUGUCCAAGGUCAGCUGUAAAUGACAGACGCUAACAAGAGAACAUAAAAGUCAUCAAAACAACUUUGGGUUUUGAAAAUGUAACCAAAAGUUGACAAUCCUUUACCUAGAUAAACCAAGAAAGAGAAGAUUCAAAUAAAUACAAGUAUAAAUUAAAGGGGAGACAAGCUCGAUACCACAAAAAUACACAGAGACUUAUGAACAGUUGUUCACUUUGGAUAGCUUAGAAAAAAAUGAAAAAAUUCCUAAAAACACACCCUAAUCUGAACAGAUCAAUGAUGAGUAAGGUGAUUACAGCAGGGUUAAAACCCUCCCCCAAAAGAUCAAUCAGCUCUACAGAUUUCUGUCAAACACUUAAAUAAGAAUUAAGUCAUUCCUCCUCAAAUUAUUCUAAGAGAAGGGAACACUUCAAAACUCAUUUCACGGGCAAGCAUUAACCUCAACCAAAGCCAAACAAGUUACAGGCCAAUAUCCCUGAUAAAUACAGGGAUUUCCUCAGUAAAAUACUAGAAAAUGGGAUUCAACAACAUUUGUAAAGGAUCAUACAGCAUUAUUAAAUGGGAUCAAUCCCUGGACUGAAAGGGUGGUUCAAAAUACACAAAUCAGUAAAUGUGAUGCACCACAUUAACAGAAUGAAGGUUUAAAACUGUAUGUUCAUCUCAGUGAAUAAAGAAAAUGCAUUCAACAAAAUAUAAUAUCCUCAGAUCAGACUAGGAUUUCAAUAUUCAGGUGAAUACCUGAUAGUGUAUUACUGGAAAGUGAUGUCAUCAUACUGUCCACUAACAAAAAGAAAUCAGGGAUAAGUAGAUGUAUGAGUAGAUAAGAAAAAAUGAAAACAAUCAGCAUGAAAAUGGACAACAGAAACCUAACCUCAGUUAUUAGUAUUUAUUGAACAACUGGCCACAGACUAUUGUCACACUGCUUGGUGAGACACAAGACUGAAAGCAUUACUCAGAGUCGAGAUGGUUUGAAAUGAUGAGAGGCUGGAGGGACUGCACCAAGAAAAAAUUCCUUAAGCAAGAGAGGGCUGGGUAGCUCUCUUGUAUUUAUUAGGGAGUGAACAAUAGUAUGUGGAAAUGAAAGGAGAAACAUAAGUUAAUAAAUCAUGUGAGACAUACCAUGACUUAACUAUGUGAGUGUCUAUGCAUAUACAUUGGCAAACUCACGAAGAAUGCACGGGGCAAAGUAAGGGGUAAAGGUGGACUCAACCUUCCUUAGUAACCUGAGCAUUUUAUCCUGGAAAGAAAAACCCUUCUGCUUCUUCCAGCACGUCUUGUGUUCCCUUGGUUGAGCAGGUACUGUGUUCAGCACGUGCUGCAUUCAGCACGCACUGCUCUUGCCCUACUUUAUCUCUCCUGUCCUCUGUACUCCCACAGACUAUAUGAAAAACAUACAAUGUUCAUGGAGAACAUUUCCAGAAUUUAGUAAUUCAGGGAAUUAGAAACCAUAAAAAAUAAAAUUUCAGAUUUGGAAAACAAACAAAUAACCACAACGACAAGAAACACUAGAAAUUCCAGAAUGGAAAAUUUUAAGAACUCAAAUUAGGAGCUGAGCAGAUGGAUUUAAUAGCAGAUUAGACAUAGCUGCAGCAAAACUCAAGGAACUGGAUGUCACCGAGAACAAAGCACAAAGAAUGUACUGCACACGGAACAAAGAACAUGCCUUAAGCAAAAUUUGAAGAUGGUGGUUAAAAAUAUGCCAAACUGGGGGUACCUGGGUGGCUCAGUUUGUUAAGUGUCCAACUUCUGCUCAGAUCAUGAUCUCAUAGUUUUUGUGAGUUCAAGCCCCGUGCCAGACUCAUGUUGACAGCUCAGAGUCUGGAUCCUGCUUUGGAUUCUGUGUCUCUCUCUCUCUCUCUCUUCCCCUCCCCUGCUCGCUCUCUCUCUCUCUCUCUCUCUCUCUCUCUCUCUCUCUGUCUCAAAAAUAAAUAAACUUAAAAAUAUUCCAAACUUGAAAACAUUAAUCCCUUCUUAAAAAGCCCAAGUAAACCCAGGCAUGACAAAUAAUAAAUUCUAUACACAAACAUAUUAUCUUGAGAUUGAAGAAGAGUGUGGCAAAAGAAAACUUAAAAACAAGAACAAUAACCUGCAAAAGAACCAUAGGAAGAUUGAAAGAUGAUUUUUUCAACAGUAACAACAGACUAGAUUAUCUUUAAGAGAGGAAAAUAAUACCUUCAGUGGGUGAAAAAAAAGAACUAGAAUCCUAGAAUUUUCUACAUAAUGCAGUAUUCUCAAAAAUGAAAGUUAAAUAAAGACAAUUUCAGAUAAAUACAAGUUGACAUCUCACUAGUAGCAAACAGGGCAGAAAAUGAUCACAAGUGGAUGGUUUCUAAGUAGGAUGAGAGAAUCAAGAAUUUAAAUAUAUUGGUAAAUCUAAAUGAAUAUGUACUGCAUAAAAUAAUAAAGGUAAUAUGCUGUGAAGGUUCAAUUACUUAUAGAAUUAAUAUCCGUUACAGCAAUAGCCUUCUCCAGUUGGGAGAAGGUAAGUGGAAUUAGAAGGUCCCAAAGUAUUGUGCUGGAGGGGGGUAAAAUACCAACUAACAACUGAGUUUUAUCAACCAAGGAUGCGAUUUUUUGUUUAAGGCAUAACCACCAAUGACCAGGUAAAGAAUGUAUAGCUUCUAAAUUGAUAAAGGUUGUAAAUAAUUCAAAGUCUAUAAAAAGAGAGGAACAAAGGAAAGAAAAGGACAUAGGACAAGGGACAGAAAGAAAAUACAAAAUGAGAUAGUAGAUUUAAACUCCUAAAUACCAGUUCUUACUUUAAACUUAAAUGGAUGACGUACUUCAGUUACAAGGCCAGAGUGUCAGGCUGGUAGGAAAAAAUCCCUGACAAGUUGAUGUUGCUUACAAGAGCUACAUCAUCCCAAACAGAAAGGUGCAGAAAAGCUAAAUGUAAAAGAAAAUGAAAGUUAUAUCAUGCAAAUAUUAACAAAAGGAAAGGUUGUAUAUCUAUAUUUAUAGCAGAACACAAUUUUUAGGAAAAUGGUAUUAUCAGAAUGUGAUGGUUAUUUUUAUGUGUCAACUUGACUGGGCCAUGGUUUUCUCAGAUAGCUGGCAAAAUAUCCAAAUAUGCUGGAUGUUUCUAUGAAGGUGUUUUUGUAUGAGAUUCACAUUUAAAUUGGUAGACUUGUAAAGUAGACUGACAUCUGUAAUGUGGGUGGGCCUCAUGUAACCAGCUGAAGGUCUGAAAAGAACAAAAGGCUGACUCUUCCUAAGCAAUAGACUUCUCCUGCUUGAGAACCACUGAAUGGGGUUAUCAGUGCAAACUGCUGGCUGUCAGACUUGAACUGGGUGCAGGUUGUGGACUCGAUGGCCUCCAUAAUGACGCUGGCCAAUUCCUUAUGAAAAAUUUCUUGAUGGAUAGAUAGAUAGAUGAUAGUUAUAGAGGUGAUAGAUUAUCAAUAGAUAGAUGAUAGAUAGGUGAUAGAUUAUCAAUAGAUAGAUGAUAGAUAGAUGGGUAGAUAGGUGACAGGAUAGAUAGAUGAUAGAGACAUAUAAAAUAAUAACACACACACACACACACACACACACACACACACACACACACUCUGUUCUGAUUCUCUGGAUAACCUUGAUUCAUGCCCAGGGAUAAAGAGGAUCACUAAAAAUCAAUGUGUAUUAAUUCAUCUGUAAAAUGAAACAAUUCUAAAGUUGUAUGCUCCUGUUUUUAAGUGGCUUCAAAAUAUAUAAACAAUCUACAACACCAAUAUCGAAUAUACAUAGAUUUACAAUUACAUGGUGAAAAUGUUACAUUUCACUCAGUAACUGUUAAGACAAGCAGACUAAAACGAGUAAAGAUUAAAAUUUGAACUAUAAUUACAGAUGAGUUCAUCAUGAUCAUCAUAGGACAUUAAAUUCAAUGUUUCAGAGUAUGUGUUUUUCAAAAGGCACGUGGAAUAUUUGUAAAAAUUGACUAUACAUUAGACCAUUAAAAGUUUUAACAAACUCAGAGAAUUGAAGGCAUUCAAUAUGUUAAGUUAGUCAUCAACAACAAAAAUAAAAUAUUUAUUUAGGAAUUAAGGGCUACAUUUCUAAACAAUGCAUGGGUUAAUAUAAUAUUGCAUUGGAAAUUAGGAAACAUUUUGGAAUGAGAGAUAAAUGACAUUUCAAGUUACUGGAUUCUGUUAUGGGUGUGCUCAUGAGGAAUUUAUAGCUUUACAUACAUAUAUUAGAAUUGAGGAAAAACCAAAAAUGUAUGAUGUAAAUAUCCAUCUCAAUGUGUUAGACAGGAAGAGGAAAUCAAACCUAAAGAAGGUAGAAAA